GUAACUUGUUGGACCGGACAGUCACUUUUGAUAGUAGUUGUGAUCGCUCAACGCGGAACGUACAUGUGAAAUUCUUGAGUCGAUGAAGUUGCUGAGGAAAAUAGUUGGAUAUGGAACAGUUGUUGCCGGAUUGACUGGUAUUACAGCUGGUCUAGUGUACGGACCAGAAGAACUGAAACGUGAAAUAACUUCCAAUGGUUUGGUGCGAGUUGCACGGGCUGCUCGAACGGUGUGUACCUAUGCCUCAAUCUUUGAGUUCAUAGAAACGUUUAUUUAUUUAUUUUUUCAUUUCCAAUCAACUAAACAGUCGGUAAUGGCUUUGCCAAGAAGUCUGGUGAGCGCGAAUACUUGGCUGCGAUAUUUCCACCACGAAUCCUUUUACAUGCUUUGUAUUCCAGGUGUACAUGUAACACUGACUGGUGAAAGAGUAGAAAUGUCUUGUAAUACCAAUCCAUUCCCUUGGGGUGUAGUAACAUAUUCUACAAAUUGUACUAGUUGUUGCUGUUUAAUCAAGGGGUGGGAAGAAGGUGGUUUUUUUUUCAACAGGGUGUCCAAUACUAUCAUAAGGAGCGCCAUACUAAGGGCAUAAACAAUGUACAGCCACCUCAAGAUCAAAGAGGUGGCUGCAUACUGCUGAUUGCCAUGGCCACCUUCUCACCAUAGCUACCUCCCAUCAAACAGUCUACACAUUUCCCCCUUAUUUUAAUCCCAUUUUAGUCUUUGCACAAUGACCAAAAACUGCAGAUCCCAACUGCCCAAAUAACCUCUUGAAAAAGGCCAAUUUAUCUUUAACUGAUCAAAUGGUUUGCCUUCUUUUAGUUUAGGUUUAAACAGUAUGUGUCAAGGUAUUUCUGUAGUUUCUAAAGAGUUCAGGGUUGUUUGACAUGUUAUCACUUUAUGUUUUUUAUUUUCUUCUCCCACAUACUUAUAGUUCUAAAGUUAACCCUUUAACCCUUAAGAGUGACUAACAUCUACUUUCUCCUUACAAGAUCACCCCUCAAUUAAGCAUUAAGGUCAUGAGAAUAAGGGAGAUGAUCACCAACUAAAGAACCUCUUGAUUAAUAAACAAAUUCUCCUUGUCAGAACCUUAGGAAAUGCCUAGAGAGUAGUAUGGAGAAUAUGCAUACUGAUGUCAGGGAGUAAAGGGUUAACCAAUGAUCUUGGACCCAAUUUAGCAAUUGGGACUCACUGAAAUGUGUUUUCUUGUUGUGACCCAAGGUGAUUGUUAUUAGUUAUGACUACAAAAGAACGCUUUGGGGAAUAGACAGAAGUUCUACUGAAUAUUUAGAGCUCAAAUCUCAGGUGAGUGAUGGAUACAGACUGUUCCCCUUGUGAUAGGUGCACACCCGGCAGUACCAGUUUUGCUUUAACUACUUUUUACAUGUAAUGCUCCCAAUUACUUCUGAAGCAUCAAUCUCCCUUUAAGUAGAAUAAAUAAGACACUUAAAAUAAGUCUCUUUCACCACAAAAGUAGUGACCAGGAAAGUGGGGUUACCUGUUAUGAAGCCCUAGCAGAAUUUAACAACUGAAUCUAAUAGGCUACCACACCUCCUGCUGGACAUGCAAGUCCAAAUUUCACCAACAGGUCUCAGGUACUGAUUCCAUAUACUCCUGAGACAUUGAGAUAGUUUAUUGGGAUAGUUUAUCAUCCUUCUCUUGUAGAUAGCACAAUGAGAUAGGAAAUUCUCAGGCUGGCGUCUGAACUGCUAAAUAUCAGGCUUCUGCAUCUCCUGAGGAGGACUGAUUUGUUAAAAAAUCCUUUGGUAUAUAAUUACCUUUAUUUCCUUUCACAACUCUUUUGAUAAUUAGAUUUUGAAUAAAUCAGAGCCUGUACUUUCUUGUUCAUUAUUUUCAUGCUCAUUAGGUUCAUCUGAGAUCUGCUAAGAGUCUGCGAGACUUGUGCUGUGUCAAUGGAGGAGCUUAUAUCAAAGUGGGUCAACAUGUUGGCUCCCUAGACUAUCUUUUGCCCUCAGAGUAUGUACAGACCAUGAAGGUCCUUCACAGUGAUGCCCCACAGAGCCCCCUUGGCGAUAUCUAUCAUGUUUUAGAGGAAGAACUAAAGUGUAAAGUAAACCAAGUCUUUGCUAGCUUUGAAGACAAGCCCAUAGGAGCUGCGUCAUUAGCACAAGUUCACAAGGCAACGCUACAUGAUGGUAGAGUCGUGGCAGUCAAGGUACAACACAGAGAUGUUCAAAAACAUGCAGCUGUUGACAUGGCAACACUUGAGGUUAGCUCCUGAAUUCAUUACUUCAAAAUAAAAAUUAACGUAGUAAGUUAUUUGUCUGAUGAAGUAUACUACAUGUUCGAAAAAAAAAGUCACCAGUCAGUUUGGAAACCUUGACUUGCUGCAUUUCCAAUAUUUUUUAAUAAGUUUGAUUGAAUUUUGACUAAAUUUUUUCUAGAUUUUAGCUGUAGCAGUUUCAUGGUUGUUUCCAGAAUUCAAGUUUAUGUGGCUUGUGGAGGAAUCUAAGAAACAUCUUCCUCUUGAGCUUGAUUUUGAGCAUGAGGGACGAAAUGCUGAAAAGAUUGUGCAGUUUGUCAAGAAAUUUCCAUUUGUUAAGGUUAGUCAGUCAGUGAGUUUUUCCAUGGAAAGGAAUCACCCUUUUCUUGAAACCUAAAGGCUGCCCUUAAAGAUAAGUUGUCAUUCUGCUGUUCAAAAAUUAACUGUUAUGUCUAAGUAUACUUUCUUUUUAUUUGUUUCAUUUAAAGCAGUGAAGAUGGAUGCAUGUUUGUUAUUUGAAUUUUUCACUUCUUUAAAGAUUCCUGAAAUAUAUUGGCAGUUUUCAACCAAACGUGUGUUAACAAUGGAAUUCUGUGAUGGGGGAAAAGUGGAUGACCUUCCAUAUAUGAAAAGUCACAAGAUAUCCUCUGAUGAGGCAAGUUCAAGCUUCUUUCUGAGUGGAUCAUUUUCUUAAAGGUCUAGAAUUGCAUAUGAAGGGUCCUCUGGUUCUUAAAAAAAAAUUAUUAUUUAAACUGAUUUGAUUCUCAUUCCCAGAAUGCCAGCAAUUUCAAUUGGUGAUUUACAUUUUUGUCUUACAAAAGACAGCUAAGAAAUAUGCAAAGGUUAAAUGCUCAUGAGCAAACUUGUACAUGUUGAGUCUCUCGUUUUACUUUGUUCUUGUUGUUGUAGCUGUCUUGGUUUGCAGGAGGUCUCUGAUCUCCUGCUCAUGAGAGGUGAGGGUGUAAUAGACAACAUUGUUCACUUCCGGAUUCAAAUUUUUUUCUUUUAUUUCUCUUAUUUAUUUAUUUAUUUUUUAAUCAGAUUGCCUACAAGCUUGGCCUUCUCUAUAGUGAGAUGAUAUUUGUUAAUGGAUAUGUGCACUGUGACCCACAUCCAGGCAACAUUUUUGUCAGGCGGGAUCCUAGCAAUGGGGUUGAGAUUGUCUUCCUUGACCAUGGCUUAUAUCAGGUAUGGGAGGUCUUAAGUCAAGUGUAUCAGGGCUUACAUAGUAGGUGAAAUACUACAGAUAUUAUGGGCUUCCUCAUUAUUUUUUUCGAGGUUUACAUGUUCUGAAGUAUGUUUAAUUAGUAUUAUAGAAUCGUUGUUGUUCAUCGCAGUUAUGUAGAUAAAGAUGUACAGUCAGGCUAUUGAUUAUAGUGAUCAUGAUGUUUCCGUUGGUAUACUGCUUGUCUUCUUAAAGGACUCUUUGAUAGGGGGUGAAAUAAAACGUUAACAUAAUAGUUUGCAAGAGCAGUCUAAAAACCAACCAUCAAUAAGUGGCAAUGGAUUAGUCAAAACCAAGAAUGGUCAAGGAAGGAGUGGAUUAGAUGGAACGUAUAUGAAUAAUAAAAGGUUCAUUUUUUUCCAACUGCACACACCACCUCCUUUGACUUUCCCUACCCAGACGUUAUCCAAUGAAUUUCGAAUCAACUACUGUAAAUUGUGGCAGUCGCUGAUCAAGUCAGACUUGGAAGGAAUCAAACAGAGUAGUAAGGUGUUGGGUGUGGAAGAGAUGUACGGACUUUUGGCCUGUAUACUGACCGCAAGGUCCUGGGACGUAGUCACGACAGGCAUAGAUCAGGGACCAGUCACUGAGGAUGAGGUUUGCACGGGUUCAAUGUAUCAUUGGGUAGAGAUGUGUGAGGAGAAUUUAGGCUUGGUACAUCAGUAGAGGGGGUUUCUUGUUCACUGAUUCCCAUUCGAAUUGAAAUUCUGCGUGGCGCAAGGAAAGGCAAAGAAACCACUGGGAAAUUCUUGAACAAGGACUAGAGCCAAACUUGUACAUUAUUGAAUGAAGUUGCUAAAAGCGGUACUUAGAUUGAAGUGAUAGGCUUCUAUUGGUAAUUAUCUCUAAAAGUCUCCCUUCACUCUUGAACUCUUGAAGCUCUGCCACUUAGACAAGUGAGGAGAAUCAUGAAAAUUAUCAGCGAGGAUAUAUCUUUAAAUUCUCACUUUAAGCCAGCAAAAAAAAAAAAAUUGGGGAGAAACUCGCUGUAAGAUCUCAAGAGUUGAUUCAAACAAAAUGUAUUUUAUCUUCCAACAGGCGGAGCUUAUCCGAGUGAACGCAGCCACAUAUGUAACAGAGAUUACGGAGCUGUUGAACCGUGUUCCUAGGCAACUGCUGUUACUGUUAAAAACAAACGAUCUGCUACGGAGUAUAGACUACAGACUGAAUACCAGCGCCACAUCGCGCUCGUUCAUUACAAUGUCACGUUGCUGUAUUCGCGCUGUAACCAAGCAACGGCUAGAAAAUUGUCAUGGCUGGGUGGAGUGGGUCCGAAUUCAAGCAGAUUCUACCAUAAACCACCUCAGAAUUUCACUAUAUCAGAUGUACGCUUCUAGUGUUGUUUUAUCGUUCAGAAGACUUUUAACAAGACUUAUGGGUGGAAUGCCGUUUCUUUGAUGACUGAAUUCGUAAUAUUGAUAAUGAAAUGAACAAGUUUUUGGCGUCCCUGAUAUAUUUUUUGUGAAUGUUUAUGGACAUGACCUCAGAUACUAAAUCUAACUGGGCUAAUAUAUUUUGUAAAAUUUGGCAGAUUUUCAAAGACAAUGUUUGUGCCCUGAAUUUAGCACUCCGCUUUUUUUAAUUUUCUAUUUUUUUUCGAUUCAAGUUUGCAAUGCUGAAUCGUUGUGGAGGAGUCUAUGAACUGAAAAAAUUACAUAAGCUCGCUGAAUUAUUGAAAAGGUGAAAGAAUAAAGGUGGUGUUGCGUCGGUGGAAGGUAGAGCAAGAUAGUUUGGUUUUAUCAGUGAAUCGUUACGUUGAAGAGGUGAUUUGCGCCAAUUGAGGAUUGAAACAGUUUAAACUUCUAUGACCCUUUGUAAAGCCUAACCUACGCUUUUACGAUAAAACUGAAGGCAAAGAAAUAGACAAUAAAUUUAUCCGUAAUUGGACGAAGGGUUAGGUUAUUCGUGUUUUAAAUGAUCCGGUCUAAGACAAUAUAGUUUACCAGAAGGUUAGAACCUGUACCACAUUCACACCAGCAAAACAUGUUUAGUUAAACCGGGUUUAACUGAAUGAAGAUCAGAAACAGAGAACUGAAAACUGAAUUUUCAAUAAGAUUCAAGUAAUCGCUAACUUGUAUUUUCGGUGUGCUACAUUUUAAGGCGACAAACAUCGGUUCACGCAGCUUCUAUGCAAGG